GAAUCCUUGCUUUUGCUGUAGGUGCCACAGCAGAGAGGACCCCCACCCCAAGGUCAUCCACAGAGAGGUACCCCGCCCCAAGGUCGUCCUCAAGGUCAUCCACAAGGUCACCCUGGCAUGCCAGCUGGAGUACCCAAGUCAGCUAGCAUGCCAAACUACUACCAGCAAAGACCUGCACAAGGUCCCCGUCCAGCGGGGCCAGGUCAGCCCCACCCCAUCCAGAGGUCGGGUUCUGCGGGCCCCCCUCCCGCACAUGGCCCCCCUCCCGCACACGCAGGGCGGCACCCCGGCCAGAAGAUGCACCCUUCCCAGCAUGCACCAGCCAUGUACCAAAGACAGACAUCGGGGCCUGGCUCAGGUGGCUCUCGUGCUUCCCCCGUCAUGGGAGUCCAACCUCGUGGCCGACGCUCUUUACCGCACCUGGCAGGCUCGGACGUGGAGGAUGAGGUCAUCCAGCAGCUGCGUACAGGUCAUCGCCGUGGUUACGGGUCGUCACAGACGUCAGGGACGUCCUCGCCCAUCGUGAAUGACGAUGAAGCAAGCAUGUAUUUCCCGUCCAUAAAACCGAACAGAAAGCGCAUGGCGAACAUCGAGCAGCAGAUCGCCAGCCUGGCGGGGCUGGUGCAGACCGCCCUGACUCACGGGGAGGACGGAUCACCUGUAGCCGGCGCGGUGCCAGGAACCGGUAAGGAGGAGGAGAAGGGACGCCAUCCCAGCGUCACCAGGUCCGAGAGCUCGCACUCAGGAUUCAGUGCUGAGAGCGUGAGCACGGUGUCGGGUCGCGCCUCGUCGCCGCUCCCAGACGAGCGAGUAGCGGAGAAGGCGAAGAGAAUCCACCACACGACGCAGGGGCUGAGAGAGCAGCUGAACCAACUCCGCAUCAUCCACAGACACAACGAGCAGGAGAUGAACGAGACAUUCGAAAAGGUGAAGCGAGAGAUCCAGGUCAGGCUGAGCAGGUCGCCGAGCGGCAGCAUUCACCCCGUCAGGACCCAGAGGUCAAGGGUCGACCUGGAGAUGCACAACUACCGGAAGAGAGCUGAAAUAGUGGAAAAAAAGCUAAGUGAGCUGGAGAGAUGGGUAGAGGAGGUACGUACAGACGUGGUGAACAAACGCUGCAGAGUCAGUGUGGGGGACGUGGACGCCAUGCUGAAGGCACUAGGCAGGUCUGAGAAGGACUGGAGGGAGCUACAAGACACAUGGCCAGGGCUGAAUGAGGAACUGAAGGCCGUUCUGUCGGCUGAGAUGGAGGUGGUCGUGCAGGAAGAGAGGUUUGUUAAGGAUGAGACAGAUAAGGUGGAAGGUGCACUGAAGAGAAUCAAGAAACUGACGGGGACGCUGCACACGUUACAGAGACUAGCAUCAGUACAGGAGCACCGCCCGGCGCAGGUUCCUGUGUUCGAGCAGAAGGGAGAACCUGACCAGGAGAAACUGCUGGAGGAGAUCAAGGGUCUCACACCGGACCACGAGAAGAGACUGCAGAGCAUUCAGCUGUUGGAGGAAAAACUGCAGCAGAGGCGUGUAGCCCUCCUUGCCGCGUUGUUUAAACCGGACUCGUUUCGGGCCCGGUCAAAGGUCAAACAGAUUCACCUUUCCAGUAGACGAAAGAUGGCCUCGCCCCAGCCCGCCAAGCCUCCCGAGGACACCGCGAAACCCGAGAAGGCAAAAUCCGAGAAGGCGGAACCCGAACCCAAGGAGUCGUCCGUGUCUGAAACAGACAGCUCUCCAUCCAAGGAGGAACAGAUGACACUAAGUCCGUCUUCGACGUCAGUGAGCUCGGAAACGACCUCUACCGGACAGUCCGACCUUCAGGAGUCCCCGCAGGACCAAACCAAGCUUCCUCCGCCGACCACCGAAGCCACGCUGCAGCGACAUAACCGGUUCAGGGCGCUCCAGCGUCUCAAGACCAAAUUCAUGCAGCGUCAUUUUAAGCCCGUCAAGGAGACCAGCCCCCCUCCCAGCCCUCAGCUCAGCUCUCCAGACUCCAGGAACAACAACAAGGAGUCGCCCAAGUUCGACAAGGAACUCAAGAAGGAGAUCAAGAAGCAGAAGAAACUGAACAAGAAAGCAGAGAAACAAAGGAAGGAGGAAGAGAAGGAGGAGAAGAAAAGGAAGAAGAAGCCCCCAAAACUUGAGAUGCCCCACAAGGAGCAAGAAUAUUCCCCAACGGCCGGCCCGUUUCAGCUGAAGAUUCACCACCGCACGACCCUGCCAGAGCUCGCCAACUUCGAUAAGGCUCCCUCCUCGGAGACCUCCUCUGGAACGACCACCCCCACGGGAGACAGUGGUUUGUCCGACUCUCUGCUAGAGGAGCAGCUGUUGACCCAACAUGCUGCGGAAGAAGCGAGGGAAAGACGACUUCGUCUCGGCUCACACGGGCCGGAAACCCGGAAGCUGGUGGAGGCUCUGAAGGAGGCUGAGGAGACCCUGCAGCAGGCAGUCAUCACUACUGACAGCAAGGACAAGAUUGAGGUGCUGAUACCCCAGGAGAGCCCAAAAGUGGAGAACGGAUCGCAGCACUCCCCCUCGGGCCAGGUGCUGGAGCCGGGGAAGAAGGUGCCACCCCCUCCACCCCCCAGGAAGAACUGGAUCACCUCCCCUGCCUCCCCCCCUCCCCGGUCCCCUGCACACAGCCCCCCUAUCAUCUCCUCUAAUGUACAGUACACAGGCAAGGCUACGGACCUGGAUAAAGCACAGACAAGCUACACAACCAAGACUAUCACUACAGUGUUUAGAAGUGCAACCAGCCCGACCAACAAGCCUGCCUCGACUGGGAACCACAACGACAACAACAACCUGGUCACCAACAGGAGGGAGGGGGGUGAGGGGGCUGAGAAGGACCAGAGGGUUUGGUUCUCCCCCACACCGACCACUCACACCAUCGAACGGGAGGAGGAUCUGGACCCGCAGGAGAAGAAGAGGCAGCUGCAGGAGCAGUACAACAUCCUGCAGCAGCUGCAGAGGGAGAACAUGCAGACCCGGGGCCAGCAGACCAAGACUGAUAAAACACUCACAUGGAAGCCUCCGCCGAACCUGAACAGUUACCUGAACAAGCCGGUCCCGCCUCCCCCACCUCAACAAGCAGCUCGGACAGCGUCGCUUCCCAGGUCCAACAAACCCGCGUCACCGUGGGGAACGGCCGGAUUCCGCCCGGCGCCACGCGGCUGGAGCAAAACGGAGGAGGAGACGAUCGGAGAGGAGCAGCUGCUGUGAAAACCGUCACCGAGACGAUAAAAACCGUGACAACCGACGGACAGGUCAAGUCCGAAACAAUCAUUUACUGAGGAGGCUGUGUUAGCACAACGUCUGUCUACUUACACUAGGGACAAUCAAGCUGCGGCGUCCGUGUAUCAAAGUACAUUAGGAUAUAUUAUAUAUAUAUAUAUAUGAUAUUAACCUACUCAACCAGAACAAUCAGUUCUUUGUAGAUAUUUCUGUUCUGAAGUGGGUUAAAAGUUUGCUUCUCUUAAGGAUUAUGAUACAGCAAUGAGUCAGUGUAGUUAGGAGAGCAGUAACAAGUGACCUGAAGUUCACAUUAUACACAACUGUAUUACUAUUCAAGAACAAAGUUUGACUACCACCAAAGCCACCGAACCGCAACUUCAAAAAACAGAACAAUUUCUCACUUCUAGCCUGGAAUAUAAGCUGUUGUAAGCUGGUCUGUGCUGUUUGCUUUCACUAUAAGUUAGAUGGGAAAUGCUACAGUGCAGGCUGGUACAAACAUACCUGAAGUCCAGGCUAUGAGAGAUUCCUGUAGUGUCUUGUACAUGAAGCAUCUCUGGCUGCUGUCUGGCGUAGGAGCUUUGAACAGGGGCAGUAUGGAGGUAGUUGCCUUGUACCCAUGUACAAUUUAACCCUCUUGAAGCUGGGGGAACCACUUUGGUGCAUGGAUGCACCUUUAGACGUUAAUUCCUAACAACCCUUUGGCCAAAUCAAUUUUUAGUUCCUGGUUCGUUCUUGACUUUUUGCUGGGAAGUCAUUAGGAAUAGGAACAUUAUGGGGUGGAUAUAGGUCUAAUUAUAUGUCCUGAAUUUUAUGAUUUUGCUCUUAGUGUCACCCAGUAAAAGAUCCAUUCAAUGGACUUCCUGAAGAAUCAGUGCACUAUUGUUUAGAUUGUCGCAAAAUGACGGUAGCAGGUCCAGAGAACCCUACCUUGCGUGGCCCUACAGCCAGACAGUAAUGACCAUGUGAGAUGUGAAGAUGUACAACUUCUCGCUUUGUGCCAAGUGGAUAAGAUAGAUUUCUUAGAACUUCUCUCAGCUUGACUCUACUUUAUACUGUACAGCUCUUAGUGAUAGGUAUAUAGAACCAUACAUGUGUUACCUGUAUUAUUAUUCUGUAAAAUUUGUAUCAUAGUCUCAAUAUAAUACUUAAGAAUUUGAUUUUGAUGUCAGACUGGCGGGGAACCUAAAGUGUCCUGCCAGCAGAUGUUGUGAGCUACUUAAGAUUUGUUGAAGAAUGUCUUGAGAUGUAGAAGUCACCAAGAAGACUCCUUAGUGCCAACCUACUAUGCUGUAAAGCUCUUCUAAAGUAUUUCUAGCCUUCUCAUCACUGAAGAGUAUGAUUUUGUGUGUUGUUUGUCCAUUAAAUGAUAUUAGACUUAUUUUCAAACAAGUAAGAAUUGCUGUAAUAUAAUGAACCCUGUAAUGAUACAAGUGCGCCUCCUAGCAGCUUUUGAUAGCAACGCAACUGCCUAUAGAGCAUUAGGAUUUAGUUUUAGAGAACAUUUUGUACUGUGAAGGAAAACGACAUAUCAGCUAGAAGUAUGUAACAACAGCGUAUGUACAUGUCUGUGGAGUGCAGGUAGAAGAGUGGUCGUGUGUGUCGUCUAAGAAGCGGAGAGUGUUAAGGGAGAAACCAGGCGUUAGAAGUAGAUUGAAACGGAUGGAUUAGGACGGGGGUAAAUGUUACAGGGUGGUGAGAUUUGGUCCAUUGCAGUGUGUUGGUAGGUGAAGACUUUAUACUGGAUGUGAGAAACACAAGUGUGUAUAAGCUGGAGGAUGGUGCAGUACCGUGCCAAACUGACGGGGGGCAGCCCCUACGGUUGACUAUACUAGUGAUAUACGUUACCACAGCUAUGACAAUAUAUGUAUGAUAUGCAACACAAGCAGACGUAAUCUCUACAACGUUUUCUUUAUUUCUGCCGAUUUGAUGUUGUGUGUCUCAGAAUACUUGCUGCCAGGUGUAAGGCCUUUAAGUCAUUAAUGUAAGCUGCAUUACAAAGGUAAAAGUUCUAGUUCAAGAUGUGACGAUAUCUUCCUAUUUUUACAGGCUCUUGUAUAUGUGAAACGCUUGUCAUCUGCAUGAGAACUUUAUAGCAAUGAUUGAUUUCGCUCCGUGUCAAAGCAAUAAAUAAAUUAUUUCGAAAAAUUAA